GUUUGACAAACAUCAUUAAACCUCAGAGGAAGAAGUUCAGUUUCACCGCGCUCUCUGUUGUUGUUUUGUCGGUGUGCUGCCUUAAUACAAACGGUUAGACAUGUUUCUAAGAGACAAAAAAUACAGAUUUUGAAUCAGUUCAGUAAAUACCUAUAACAUCCUCACAUUCGUGAGUUUUGAAGCGAGCAGGAAUAUCUGGAGGAGUUUAUCGUCUGAACUGAGAUCUGCUGCUGUGAAAAUUAUGUUUAUUAAAAAAGAGAGAGAAGAGAACACGAGUGAACCAUUAACCUGGAGAACAAAACAAGAGGAACAAGAAACAUGGAGAAUAAAACAAGAGGAACCAGAAACCUGGAGAAUAAAACAAGAGGAACCAGAAACCUGGAGAAUAAAACAAGAGGAUCCAGAAACCUGGAGAAUAAAACAAGAGGAACCAGAAACCUGGAGAAUAAAACAAGAGGAACCAGAAACCUGGAGAAUAAAACAAGAGGAACCAGAAACCUGCACAAUAAAACAAGAGGAACCAGAAACCUGGAGAUUAAAACAAGAGGAACAAGGAGAGUACAUUGAAGAAAAAGAGGAAAAUGAAGAAUCAAAUCAUCAAGAGAAGCAGCAUGCAUGUGAUCAAUGCGGUAAAAUGUUUUUAUGGGCUUCACUUCUGAAGAAACACUUGAAAGUUCAUGCAAAGAAGAAGCCACAUUCAUGUCAUUUGUGUGGUAAGAGUUUUUUGCAUCUACAAAGUUUGAAAGAACAUCUUCAGAUAAUACAUACUGGCAUGAGAGAGUACGUGUGCUCUGAGUGUGAGAAGACUUUUAGUUCACCAAGCAGUUUAAAACUGCACGAGAGGAUUCACACUGGAGAGAAACCUUACAAGUGUUCACAUUGUGACUGGAGAUUCAGUCAUCCAUCAAAUCUGAAAAGACAUGAGAGGAUUCACACUGGAGAGAAACCUUACAAGUGUUCACACUGUGACAAGAGAUUCAGUCGGUUAACACAUCUGAAAACACAUGAAAGGAUUCACACUGAAGAGAAAGCUUACAAGUGUUCAAACUGUGACAAGAGAUUCAAUCACUCAUCAAAUCUGAAAAAACAUGAGAGGAUCCACACUGGAGAGAAACCUUACAAGUGUUCACACUGUGACAAGAGAUUCGGUGAUUCAUCAAGUCUGAAAAAACAUGAGAGGCUUCACACUGGAGAGAAACCUUAUAAGUGUUCACACUGUGACAUGAGAUUUAGUGUGUCAUCAAAUCUGAUAACACAUGAGAGGAUUCACACUGGAGAGAAACCUUACAAGUGUUCACACUGUGACAAGAGAUUCAGUCAGUCAAUAAAGCUGAAAAGACAUGAGAGGAUUCACACUGGAUAGAAAGCACAUCACCUCAAUGUACGUGAGAAGUGUUCCUUUAUGUCAUCUGUUACACACAGUCAUACAAAAAACAAACACAGUAAGGCCCCGUACACGCAAAGACACAUUUAGUUGUAUAUGUAAAUAUUUUGUAUGGUACCGUAUAUGUGUUUCGUCCAGACGGAUUCAGCAUUUUGGGAGAGUGAAUUAUUUUUUUUAAACUAGGUCCCAGAGUGGAUAAAUUUGAAAAUAAUACCUUUUUUGCUUUUGUGUUCUGCCAAUCCAUACAUUUUGUUAAACAAUUAUGUCAUCACCCCACGUCUCUACUAUAGUCAGACACCACUACGUUGUAGAGCUGCAUGAUAUUGGAAAAAAAAACUCACAUCUUGAUAAUGUUUCUCUGCAAUGUAUAAAAAAUCACCAGAUGACUUAAACAGCUCUAUUUGGGGAAAGACAAAAUUAAUGAUUGGGGUGAUUUUGUAGGUGAAUAAAUCAGCUAUGAAAAUAAGUAAAUUAAAACAGAUAAAUAUGAUAGAAAAAUGGUACAAAUGAAAAAAGUGCUUUAUAUUCUGCAGUCCAACUUUUACUGUCUGUUACAGUUAAGUCUUAUACAUUACUGCUGCGUUACAUUGCUGACAGAAUGCAGUGUUUAUAAUCUAGAGAUUGUAAAGAGGAUGUAGCUCACGCACUGUCACGUCAAGUGCCAGUGGAUUACAGACUUGCUCCCGCGAGACCCGAUGCAACAGAGAGCGGCGCGGGACAAGACUUGUGUGUGUGCAGGACACAGGAAAAUAAAAAAAGAAGUAUCUAAACAUAAUAAAUCUAAAACAAAUAAAUGAUUUAUCUAUUACACAAAAGCAAAAUUAACUCUCAUAUAAUAUAAACAAUUGACAGGUGCAAGCGUAUGCAGAGCUUCUAUUUAGGCUAUAACAGGGAUUGGUUUGUCGCACGAUGAGAUUGAUGCAAGAUACUGAUCCAAAAGCACACCUUUUUGUGAAUAAAAGUUUAAUUUCGGCUAAGCGAGUUAAUAAUAUAUUAAUAAAAAGUUCAAAGUUUAAUAUGAGCGGAUUUGUCAUCGUACUGUUUUAGCAUGUUUUGUUGUUAAAAAUUAUAGGCUAACGAUGAGUCACAAAUUAAGUAUUCGUUUGAAGUAAGAGGAAAAUGUAGAUUCAUAUUCACAUAUAUUCUGACAUAGUUUUGCACAUAGACUGUGUCAUUUCAGGCAUAAAUUGAGAUGGAGGUGAGCAUAAUUCAGUGUCC